GGGAGAGCGCGGAGCCUGCGGCAGCUGGGCAGCGAGGGGGAACCCUGCACGCCCAGCCUUUUCACCUCCGAGCAUCCUCCCUCCCCACGGGCGCAUUUGGGUUUUCCAUGCUGCUGUGCCCUGAAAGUCCUUGCCCGUGGGAGUAGGAGGGGGAUGCCAGGGAGGGUGGUCUCGGAUGGAGCUGCCUUCCAGCAGCGGGAAUUAUAAAGACUGGGAUGUGUGGAAAGCCGAGGUGGGGGGAGAAUGAGGAUCUCUGUGCCCUGGGGAGCAGGAAGCCAGCGCCGGGUGCGGGGGUUCAGCCUGGCUGUUCUCUCCAGGCUGGGAGAGCGCAUGGGGAGGCUCAGGCCUUUCGGAAAUAGGGCGCAGUUUGAUGGGGAGAACAUGUACAUGGGGAUGAACGACAACGCCCAGGAGUUUCUAUCGGCCAAUCAGACCUACAACAGUCAGAAUGAGAGCAACGAGGACUACGAGAUCCCUCCCAUAACGCCUCCCAAUCUCCCCGACCCGUCCCUCCUGCACUUGGUGGACCACGAAGCUGGAUACCACUCCCUGUGCCACAGCCUCCCUCCGAACAGCCUGAUCCCAGCGUAUCCCUACCAGAACAUGGACCUGCCGGCCAUCAUGGUCUCCAACAUGUUGAGUCAGGAUGGGCACCUCCUCUCCAGCCAGCUGCCCACGAUCCAGGAGAUGGUGCACUCGGACGCCGCGUCCUACGAGUCCAACCGCCAAGUGCCGCUGCUCAACCGGCCCGGGAUGCUGGGUGGCCCCAUGGGUGCCCUCAGCCAGUCCCAGCUCAUCUCCCAGAUGGGGAUCCGGAGCGGGGUCACCCACGGCUCCCCCUCGCCCCCGGGAAGCAAGUCUGCCACCCCAUCUCCCUCCAGCUCCACUCAGGAAGAGGAGACUGAGUCGCAUUACAAGGCUACUGGAGAGAAAAGACCCUCAACAGACCUGGGCAAAAAGCCCAAAAGCCAAAAGAAGAAGAAAAAGAAGGACCCCAAUGAGCCUCAGAAGCCCGUUUCGGCCUACGCCCUGUUUUUCAGAGACACACAAGCAGCCAUCAAAGGGCAAAACCCCAACGCCACCUUUGGGGACGUGUCGAAAAUCGUGGCAUCAAUGUGGGACAGUUUGGGAGAAGAACAAAAGCAAGCAUACAAGAGGAAAACAGAAGCUGCCAAGAAGGAGUACCUGAAAGCCCUGGCUGCAUACCGGGCCAGCCUCGUCUCCAAGAGCUCCGCCGACCAGGGGGAGACGAAAAGCACCCAGAGCAACCCCCCUUCCAAGAUGAUCCCCCCGAAGCAGCCCAUGUACCCCAUGCCUCCGCAGGCUUCCUCGCCCUACCCCGGCCUGGGCUCCUUCCUGUCCCCGUCGGACCUGCAGAGCUACCGUGGCCACCCCCACGCCGGGCUGUCCCGGACCCUGCCCUCCAAGCCCCUGCUGCCCAGCAUCAGUGCCUCCCCCCCGCCCUCCUUCCAGAUCAGCCCCCCGCUCCACCAGCAGCUGUCCUUGCACCACCCGCAGAGCUCGCUCCUCAGCCAGCCCCUCAGCAUGCAGCAGGUCCCCCAGCAGCCCCUCCUGUCCCCCCCCAUGGCACUACAGGUACAGCCCCCCAUGAACGCCUCGCCUCCCGGCCAGCAGGACUUCUCCCAUAUUUCGUCUGAGUUUCAGAACAGUGUUGGACCCCGUUCGCCUGGUGCAUCAAACCCUCCAGGAAGCACUGAGUGGGACAGCGACUACCCCAGCAGGGAGUGUGGGGUCAACCACUGCAGCAUGCUGCCAAGGGACAAGGCACUCUACCUCACCUAAGGCUCAGCAUCCCUUUGGGAGGAGGCUCAGAUGAAGGACACUUGAGAGGGUCUAUCCUACAGCCCACGUGGGGAGGCACGAGCAGGUCGGACGGGCGGGACAGCUGCCACUGCACCUCGGCGCUGGCUUCAUUUCCAGGCUCUAAGAGCAGUUUUCUUCUUUUUUUCCUCUUAUUUUUGAACUCUAAAUAAAAAUUUUUUUAAAAAUCUA